AUGUCGACAACCACAUAUUCCGACUACGACCCGGACUAUCAACAAGUAAUACUCCACAUACGCGGUUUAUGGGAGUUUGCAAAUGUAUCCCAAUUCAUGCAUACAUAUUAUGAUGCAUUUGGAUUGGAUUCAUUUGACACUGAUGACAACUGGGAACAACAUCUCUGUCAACAAUAUCAGAAAUAUGCGCCUGAAAAGAACCCAUUCGGCGAUGAAAUAUGUUCCAUAAAAUUUGAGAAUAUGUCUGUAAAACAGAAGGUCUUGAUUUUACAUGAUCUUUGCCACUGGCAGAUGCGGAAUCCUGAAAAAUUUAGAACCUUCCUGUCAAAUCAAGAAAACCCGCAAGAAUGGCGGGUCACCCCGGUUGGAUAUGACUCGAAGGGCAAUACGUAUUGGCUUUUUGAUGAUAAUCGGCUUUGCAAAGAAUCACCAAAAAAAGAAGUGUCAAAAAAACAAAAAAGCAAAAUUAAAAAUACUCGACGCAAUCGUGCGAAACAUGUUUCCUCUGAAGCAAAUGAGACCAUUACUGAAUCAACAAAUUGGGAGACUAUUUGCGUCACAAUUGCUGAAUGGGAAGAAUUUCCAAAACGAUUCGAAAAAACAAGAAAUGUGCGGGAAAAAGAAUUUUAUAAGCUGUUGACUGAAGACCUUUUACCGAAGAUCUUGGCUGCCUUGCAAGAGAAAGAAAAAGAGCGAAAGAAACUCGAUGCCUUGGCUAAUAGGAAGCGUAGUUCAAGAAUUCAGAAAAGAGAACUCGAAAAACAAGAAGCCGAUCGUGCUGCUCAACUUAAAAAAGAUCAAGAUGAGCAGGAGGAAAAAGCUAGGCAACUAGAAUUUGCAAAAAUUAAAGCUGAGAAGGAUAGGGAAGCAAGAAGUCAAGCACGUGAGCUCCGUUCAAAAGAAAGAGAGCUACGGUUGCAAGCUAGAGAUGAUAAAUUAAAAAAAGAUAAUAAUGAAUUGAUAAUUGAACAACAGUGUGCCGUAAAAACCAAACGAAUUAAUGACAUAAAAGAUCAUCCAACACCACCGGAGACAACACUUCAGACUAAAAAUCAACAACCGGAAGAUUGGUAUUUCGAUUGUUUAUGUGGUGUCUCUGGCACGAACAUUAACGAUGGCAGUAAUAUGAUUGCAUGUGAUCGAUGUGCGGUGUGGCAGCAUAUCGACUGUCUUUUAAAGAUUGACGAGAGAUUCCGUAAAACGAGAGAUUUUUCACAAAUUGAAUAUGUUUGCGCGAGGUGUUUGCAGAGUCAGGUUAUACAAUCUAACACGCCUGCGAGUAAUAAUGAACAUGAUGAGAUUAUUGAUGUUGUUAAAAUUGAUUCCAAUAAUACCAUCAUUCCUUCAAUUCAACCAAUCGAGAAUGCACUGCGAUUAGAUCAAACUAUGCAGGAAAUGAAUAUUGACUCGACUAGUGCUGAACAUUUAAAACAUAAACAAGAAAAUCAAGAAGUUUCGGCUUUACCAAUUAAAGAACGAAAGAGGCCUGUUAAGAACACGAAAAAAUCAUCUAAUAAUAAUGAUAUUGAAUAUGAUGGUAAAAAUGCCGGAAAUAAUAUGAAACCGACAAAAAAAUCCACGAAAAAAGAUGGUACCGAGAGAGCAACAAAGAGAAGAAAAAAAGAUACGAGUCAAAUUUUACCAACUCCUUCGGCGGUCGGCACAACUCCAGCGCCAAAUUCACAAUUAUUAUCAUAUCUACAAACAUCUAAUUUCAUUCUACCUUCAGCAAACAUACAACCCGCGACAACAAUAAAUUAUAGAUAUGCUGGUGGUUCCAAUAUGUACAUGACUGAUUAUAGACCUGCCUCAAACAAUGUUUCGGCACCUUUUCCAGCUAAUACAUCUUAUAGAUCCUCGCCGAAUACAAUUCCUGUCACGACAUUAUCAUAUGGUCCUACUGACAUAUAUUCAACAAAUACAUCGUAUUCUUCAAGCUAUUCUCGCGGUGUAGACUCUUUUAAUGGCGCUAAUUCAACAAAAGAUAUAGGCGUAGCAGCAAAUACAAUUCAGGAACAUAAUGAAGAUAAAGCAGAAGACACUUUGAUUUUACCACAUAAAAAAGAUAUCAUGAGUAUUAGUAAUUUAAUCGAAUAG